AUGGAUGAAUGGAUGGAACUUAUGUCUAAAGAAAAAUUAGAAGAAAAGGCGAGGAAAUGGCAGCAGAUGCAAUCAAAGAAAUAUGGUGAAAAAAGAAAAUUUGGAUUUAUUGAACAUGAAAAAGCCGACAUGCCACCAGAGCAUAUACGAAAGAUUAUUAAAGAUCAUGGAGAUAUGUCAAGUAAAAAAUAUAGGCAUGAUAAAAGGAUCUAUCUUGGCGCCUUGAAAUAUGUACCACAUGCUGUUAGAGAGGUACCAGUUUUGUAUCACAUUACUGGUGCAAUCACUUUUGUUAAUGAGAUACCUUGGGUAAUAGAGCCAGUAUAUAUUGCACAAUGGGGUACAAUGUGGAUUAUGAUGCGCAGAGAAAAAAGAGAUAGAAGACAUUUCAAACGUAUGCGAUUUCCACCAUUUGAUGAUGAAGAGCCUCCUUUAGAUUAUGGUGAUAAUAUUUUAGAUGUAGAGCCAUUAGAAGCAAUUCAAAUGGAUUUAGAAGAGGAUGAAGAUGCACCAGUUUACGAAUGGUUUUAUGAUCAUAAACCUUUAUUAGACACAAAAUUUGUAAAUGGUUCAACAUAUAGAAGAUGGAAAUUAAGUCUACCUAUAAUGUCAACUUUAUAUCGGUUGGCACAUCAACUUCUUUCAGAUCUUACAGAUCAAAAUUAUUUUUAUUUAUUCGAUUUAAAAUCAUUUUUCACUGCUAAAGCCCUGAAUAUGGCAAUUCCAGGAGGUCCGAAAUUUGAACCAUUAUAUAGAGAUAUGGAUACUGCCGACGAUGAUUGGAAUGAAUUUAAUGAUAUCAAUAAAAUCAUCAUACGUCAACCUAUACGUACCGAAUACAAAAUAGCUUUUCCAUUUUUAUACAAUUCAUUACCACGUUCAGUACAUGUUUCAUGGUACCAUGAACCAACAGUUGUCUACAUCAGAGCUGAAGAUCCUGACUUACCUGCAUUCUAUUUUGAUCCUAUAAUUAAUCCUAUUUCUUCACGUAACAUUAAUCCUCAAAAUUUAAAAAUAUCACACGAGGAUGAAUUAUUUGGUGAAAAUAAUGUCGAUGAAGAAUUUACAUUACCAGACAAUAUUAAAUCAUUCUUAAAAGACCUACCUCUUUACACUGAUACUACUGCUGAUGGAAUAGCACUAUGGUGGGCACCUCAUCCAUUUAAUAAAAGAAGUGGCAGAAUGCGUCGUGCUGAAGAUGUUCCUUUAGUUAAAAAUUGGUAUCUUGAACAUUGUCCUCCUGGGCAACCUGUUAAAGUUCGUGUAUCCUAUCAGAAAUUAAUAAAAUGUUUUGUGCUUAAUGCAUUAAAACAUCGCCCUCCAAAAGCUUUGAAUAAGAAAUAUUUAUUCAGAAAUCUCAAGUCAACAAAAUUCUUUCAAACUACUGAAUUGGAUUGGGUUGAAGCUGGCUUACAAGUCUGUCGCCAAGGUUACAAUAUGCUCAAUCUUUUAAUUCAUAGAAAAAAUCUAAAUUAUCUACAUUUAGAUUACAAUUUCAAUUUAAAACCGGUAAAAACUCUUACAACAAAAGAAAGGAAAAAAUCACGAUUUGGUAAUGCUUUUCAUUUACAAAGAGAAAUUUUACGAUUGACCAAACUUGUUGUUGACUCACAUGUUCAAUAUCGUUUGGGUAAUGUUGAUGCAUUCCAAUUGGCUGAUGGACUGCAAUAUAUUUUUGCACAUGUUGGUCAACUUACUGGAAUGUACAGAUACAAGUAUCGUUUGAUGAGGCAAAUUCGUUUGUGUUUUAGUGGUGAUACGGAAAUCAUGUUGUCUAGCGGUAAAUUUAAACAGGCAAAGGAUGUAACUAUUGGAGAUCGAGUUAUGGGCGAUGAUGGUGAUUAUCGUCUUGUUGUUUCGCUUACAAGAGGUCAUGGCGCUAUGUAUCGUAUAAAGCAUGUAAAUUCAAAAUCAAAAUACAUUCCUUGGGAAAAUGAUGGAUUUGUUUGCAAUGGUGCCCAUCUUUUAGUACUCAAAUCUAAAUUCUAUCCAAUAAUAAAUGAAGAUGAAAGCAGAAACUUAAUCACCGUUAGUUACAUGACAUUUAAUACUUAUGACCAACAACUUGGCAUAAUUGUUCCAACAAUAUCAACCAAAAACAUUUCCUAUAUUCGCCAAUAUGAAUAUAAGAAUGCUUUACUAUUUGCUAGUAAUUUUGUAAAACAACAGCUUGAAUUUAUCAAAAAUUACAUUUGGGAAGUUUCUGUCGAGAAUUAUCUUAGAUGCCAGGAAAAAUAUCCAUUUAUUGACAAAUAUAUUAGAAUGUAUUAUCGUCCUGUUUUAAAAUUCCCUGAUCCAAGUGCUUUAAACAUCAAAAAUUUGAUUGAAGAAUCAUACAACGAAGCUGGUUUUUAUGAAAAUUAUAUCGAUGAGUGUGAACUUUCAUGGUUAUUAGGUGCAUGGUUAGGCAGUGGUGACCCAUCAAAACCAAUAAUACAUGUUCAUCUAGACAAUUCACAAGAUGUAAUAUAUAAAUUAAAAGAAAUUUCAAGUAAAUUACAACUUAAGAUGGUAAUUACAAACACAAUUGAUGAAUGUCUCAAGGGUAUUAUUUUAACUACUACAAUGGAUUCAACAAAUAUGCAUCACACCAUGAAAUAUGAUGAUUUUGAAAUCCCUAUCGUUGAUAAUGAUAAUUCAAUGAUUGAACCUAUUCAGAAUGAAUGCAACAACAUUUUCACUAUUAUUCUGAAACAAUUGGGUCUUUUUGGAAGGAAUAAAUUGUUUGAAGAUGAUUUGAUUUCUAAUUUAAUAAAUCAAUCAGAGAAUUUUCGCCUCAAUUUUUUGGCUGGACUUAUUGAUACUAGUGGUUAUAUUUCAUAUUAUAAACCAAACCGUUGUUGUUACUUUGUCACUCAAGAUAAUAAAUCUCUUCCACACAUAUCUCAACUUAUUCGACAAUUGGCAUUUUCUUUAGGAAUGAAGGCAACUAGACAAGAAUUUAAUGGCAAACAUCUUCACAAUAACUGUGAAUCAACAUGUACUGAAUCUAUCCGAAUAAACAUAAGUGGAUCAAUGAUUAAUGACAUUCCUGUUGUAAAUAAUUAUAAGCGCAUACCCGAAGAACAAAAAUGGAAAGCACACAGUAAUAAUUUGGACGAAUUCUUUAAAUUUGACAUUGAAUGUUUAGAUGAUGAUGAUUAUUAUGGUUUUGGAGUUGAUGGAAAUAAUGAAAGAAUAUUAUUGCGUAACUUUAUAGUAUCGCAUAAUUGCAAGGAUUUGAAACAUCUUAUUUAUUAUCGGUUUAAUACGGGUCCAGUUGGUAAAGGCCCUGGAUGUGGAUUUUGGGCACCAUCUUGGAGAGUUUGGUUGUUUUUCAUGAGAGGAAUUGUUCCUUUAUUGGAACGUUGGCUUGGGAAUUUAUUGGCUCGUCAUUUCGAAGGUCGUCAUUCUAAAGGUAUAGCCAAGACUGUAACCAAACAACGUGUUGAAUCUCAUUAUGAUCUUGAACUUCGUGCAGCAGUUAUGCAUGAUAUAUUGGAUAUGAUGCCUGAAGGAAUCAAAGCAAACAAAUCAAAGACCAUUUUGCAACAUUUAAGUGAAGCUUGGAGAUGCUGGAAAGCAAAUGUUCCAUGGCAUAUUGUUGGCAUGCCUAAACCAAUUGAAAAUAUGAUUUUACGUUAUGUUAAAAGCAAAGCUGAUUGGUGGACAAGUGUCGCUCAUUAUAAUCGUGAAAGAAUUCGAAGAGGUGCAACUGUUGACAAAACUGUUUGCAAGAAAAAUCUUGGACGUUUAACACGUUUGUGGCUGAAAGCUGAGCAAGAACGUCAACAUAAUUAUCUUAAAGAUGGUCCUUAUAUUACUGCAGAAGAAGCUGUUGCUAUUUAUACUUCAACAGUUCAUUGGUUAGAAAGUAGAAAAUUUUCUCCUAUACCUUUCCCACCAUUAUCAUACAAACAUGACACAAAAUUAUUAAUUUUGGCUCUUGAAAGAUUAAAAGAAGCUUAUAGUGUCAAGGGUAGACUUAAUCAGAGUCAACGUGAAGAAUUGGGAUAUAUUGAACAAGCAUAUGACAAUCCUCAUGAAGCUUUAAGUCGUAUAAAACGUUUGUUAUUAACUCAACGUGCAUUUAAAGAAGUCGGGAUUGAGUUUAUGGAUUUAUACUCUCAUUUGAUUCCUGUGUUUGAUGUUGAACCACUUGAAAAGAUUACUGAUGCGUAUCUUGAUCAGUACUUGUGGUAUGAAGGAACUAAACGUAACCUAUUUCCAGCAUGGAUUAAACCUUCAGAUACUGAACCACCACCAUUAUUGGUAUACAAAUUCUGUCAAGGAAUUAAUAAUUUAACAGAUGUAUGGGACACUUCAGAAGGUCAAAUAAAUGUCAUGAUGGAGACUCAAUUCAGCAAAGUCUAUGAAAAGAUUGAUUUGACUCUAUUGAAUAGAUUAUUAAGAUUAAUAUUGGAUCACAAUUUAGCAGAUUAUAUGACAGCAAAAAAUAACGUUGUUCUUAAUUAUAAGGACAUGAAUCAUGUUAAUGCAUAUGGCUUAAUACGUGGAUUGCAGUUUGCAAGUUUUAUAUUCCAAUAUUAUGGUUUAAUUCUUGAUUUGUUGGUUCUUGGUUUGCAAAGAGCUUCUGAAAUGGCUGGGCCACCACAUAUGCCAAAUGAUUUCUUACAAUAUCGUGACGUUGCUACAGAAACUAGACAUCCAAUAAGAUUGUAUUGUCGUUAUAUAGACAAAAUUCAUAUCUUUUUCCGAUUUAGCGCUGAUGAGGCAAGAGAUCUUAUACAACGUUAUUUGACUGAACAUCCUGAUCCUAAUUCAGAAAAUAUUGUAGGAUAUAAUAACAAAAAAUGUUGGCCAAGAGAUUGUAGGAUGAGAUUGUUUAAGAGUGAUGUAAAUGCAGGAAGGGCAGUAUUUUGGGACAUAAAAAACCGAUUGCCACGCUCACUUACGACUAUUGAAUGGGAAGAUACUUUUUGUAGCGUCUACUCCAAAGACAACCCUAACCUUUUAUUUUCAAUGUGUGGGUUUGAAGUCAGAAUUCUUCCAAAAAUCAGAAGUAUCAAUGAAGAAUUUACUCUAAAAGAUGGUGUUUGGAAUUUGAUUAAUGAACAAACAAAAGAGAGAACUGCUCAGGCAUUUUUACGUGUUGAUGAAGAAUCAAUGCAGAAAUUCCACAAUCGUGUCCGUCAAAUUUUGAUGAGUUCUGGUAGUACUACAUUCUCAAAAAUUAGCAAUAAAUGGAACACUUGUCUUAUUGGGUUGAUGAGUUAUUUCAGGGAGGCAGUUGUUCAUACCAAAGAACUAUUGGAUAUUAUUGUAAAAGCCGAAAACAAGAUUCAAACUCGUAUUAAAAUUGGUCUCAAUUCAAAAAUGCCAAGUAGAUUUCCUUGUGUUGUCUUCUACUGCUUUGGAGAAAAUACACCAGUAAUGUUGAAGAACGGUUCGCUAAAAAUGGUUCAAAAUAUUGAGAUAGGUGAUAAAGUCCUUGGCGAAAACCAUAUCGGAUAUAAAGUUGUGCAUACAGUUAGUAACGAAGGACAAUUAUAUUUGAUCAAAGAACAAUUUGGGCAUUACAUCAAAAUAAAUGAUACUUAUGCACGCGAGAAUAAAAUAUUGCCUCUCAAAGAUUCAAUCUUUGAUGAAGAUGGAUUUGUUUGUAACGAGAAUCAUAUUCUUGUUUUGCGUCCAAAUAUAAAAAGUAGACUAUAUCCAGCAUUUACUUGGGAGGUUACUGUAAAACAAUAUCUUAAAUGGAAAAAAACAUACCCUCAUUUGGCCAAUAUCAUGGUCCUUUAUCGUUCGCCUCUUGUUGAAUGGGCAGAAUCUGUAUUAAAUCUGGAACAAAUAAUUGAGAAUGCGUAUUUGAAAACAGGAAAUGAGAAACACAAUCAACGAAUUUCAGUGGAAGAUUUAUGUUGGUUGAUUGGUUUUUGGCUUGGCAGCGAAAGCUUUAAUAUGCAAUCAAUAGCAUCUGAUGAUAAUGAAUGCAAGGAACUUCAAUUUGAGCUCAACAGAAUCGCAAACAAUUUGAAUCUUUUAGUUCUUAGUGCAGACGAAGUUUCAGCUUUAAGUUUGGAUGAUUUAGAUCAGGUAUUGCAUUUUGGAUGGUUUGGCUUAUUUACUGCAAAUUAUAAAAAAUCAUCUGUAAAAGAAUACAAUAUUUUUUGGCAAAUACUACUAGAGUUGGGAAUUGCUGAAACAAAAAGUUGUACACAAGAUCUUAUUGUAGGACUCACUACUCAGUCUAAAUCAUCUAGAGAGAAUCUACUUGGUGGGCUAAUCGAUUCAAGUGGUUCUUAUUGUUUUGAUGAUGAUAUUGAUGGUCAUUACAGCAUUCUUCAAAGAUUUGACCAAAAAGUCGACGUGUCAUGUAUAAAGCUUGCAAGACAUGUAGCUAGAUCUUUAGGAUUGAAUUCAGUUGGAUAUUCAUACAAUGAUAACCCAAAACUUGAGACAAAAUCUCACAAUACAAUACUUUUAUAUAUUGGUGGUUUAGGAACUGAAGAUAUUAAAUGUAAAUUGAAGAAGGAAAAGAGCACAGAAUUUUGUGAUUUGGAAUUCAUUACAUUCAACCAAGGAUUUACUUGUAAACCAUAUAAACAUGGCAGAUAUUAUGGUUUUACGCUUGAAAGCCCAUCAAACGGUCGUUUUAUAAUGGGUGACUUUAUGGGUGGACUUGGUAUGCUUAGCAUGGGGCAUGUACUUAUUCCACAAUCUGAUCUCCGUUGGUCUAAGCAAACUGAGACUGGAAUUACACAUUUUCGAUCUGGUAUGAGUCAUGAAGAAGAUCAAUUAAUACCAAAUUUAUACCGAUAUCUUCAACCAUGGGAAGCAGAAUUUAUUGAUUCACAACGUGUUUGGAGUGAAUACGCUUUGAAAAGACAAGAAGCAAAUUCACAAAAUAGAAGAUUGACUCUUGAAGAUUUAGAAGACAGUUGGGACAGAGGCUUGCCACGUAUCAAUACAUUGUUUUCUAAAGAUCGGCAUACUCUUGCAUAUGAUAAAGGAUGGAGAGUCAGAACAGACUUUAAACAGUAUCAAGUACUCAAAAACAACCCAUUUUGGUGGACACAUUCAAGGCAUGACGGUAAACUUUGGUCACUUAACAAUUAUAGAACGGACAUGAUUCAAGCAUUAGGUGGUGUUGAAGGAAUUUUAGAACAUACACUUUUCAAAGGCACAUACUUCUCAACAUGGGAAGGUCUGUUUUGGGAGAAAGCAUGUUUUGCACGUGGCACUAAACUACUGAAUAGUAAAUUUCAAACAGUGAAAGUCGAAGAUUUAAAAAUUGGUGACUGUCUCAUGGGUGAUGAUGGCACGCUUCGCACAAUCCUUGAUCUUUCUUAUGGAUAUGAUCGUUUAUAUAAAAUCGAAUUAAAUGAGGGCGAACCAUUGGUCGUAACCGGAAAUCAUAUUCUUGUAUUUAAAGCAGAUUCAGAUGCAAAAGGUGUUCAUUAUGGUCAAAUGAAGGAAGUUACUGUGGAGGAAUAUAACUCUUGGAAUGCUGCUGACAAAAAAAUCUGGAAAUUAUUUUAUAACGAUGUACUCAAAUUUGAAAAAACAAAUGUGCCAAUUGAUCUUUGUCUAUUAGACGAUAAAAAACAAUUUAAACGUCAAGAUAAUUUAUUGACUACAGAAAUCAAGAGAGUUGAGAGAAUGAGUUAUUUUACAGAAUAUUUUGGUUUCAAAGUUGAUGGAAACCAACGUUUCUUACGUGACGAUUUUCUAGUCCUACAUAAUUCUGGAUUUGAAGAAAGUAUGAAAUAUAAGAAAUUAACCAACGCUCAACGUUCGGGUCUUAACCAAAUUCCUAAUCGUAGAUUUACACUUUGGUGGUCACCAACCAUCAACCGUGCAAAUGUCUAUGUUGGUUUUCAAGUACAAUUGGAUCUUACGGGAAUUUUCAUGCACGGAAAGAUUCCAACAUUGAAAAUAUCUUUAAUUCAAAUCUUUAGGGCACAUCUUUGGCAAAAAAUUCAUGAAAGUGUCGUGUUUGAUUUGUGUUUCGCUGCGGGAACAAAGAUAAUGAUGGCCAAUGGUUCAUUUAAAAAGGUCGAAAAAAUUUGUGAAGGGGAUCAAUUACUUGGUGACGAUGAAAAGGCAAGAACUGUUACAAAUUUAAUUCACAACACCAAUGGAAAACUUUUCAAAGUAAAAUACAAACAUAAAGGAGACAAGAUUUUAUGGGAUGAAGACGGUUUUAUUUGCACUGAAAACCAUAUUCUUGUUCUUAAAGCACCUAGAUUUGAAAAGGUUGAACAAGGAAAUUCCGAACAUAGAGAAUUUGAUAUAUUGGAAAUAUCGGUGAAGGACUAUCUUAUUUUACAACAAUACCUAAAACCUUAUACUGACAGCUUUAGAAUGUAUAGAGUCCCAAUUUUAAAUUUCCCAGGUCCAAAGAGAUGUAAUUUGAAUGAUGUAAUCGAGAAUGCAUAUUUUGAAGCAGGGCUUGAAGUUUAUGAUAAAAUCACAGAGGACGAAUUUGGAUGGUUACUUGGCUUUUGGCUUGGCAAUGGAUUCUACAAUCAACCAGCAUUUUGUUUAGGAGAUAUUGACAAUAAAGAAAUUUUAGAUAAAUUAUAUGAACUAGCCUUUAAGUUGGGACUAUAUGUUAUUCUUCCACAAGACGAUGACUUCAAUAAUAUGAGUAGAUGUUCCGUUAAACCAAUACUUUUAUCAACAGCUAGUGGCUCGUUUAAUUAUCAAGAUUCACCUUUUAGACAUGAGUAUGAGGUUUUGGGAUCUAAUUCUAUUGAAAAUCAAAAAAAUAUUUUCAUCCAACUCUUGAAAUAUUUUUCAAUUUAUGAAAAUCAACACAAAGAGAUUUCAGAUGAUGUAUUAACAAAAUUAACCAACCAAAGUCUCACAUUUAGAUUGCAAGUUCUUGCGGGUCUUAUUGACGCAGAUGGUUACAAAUUACAAAGUAAAAAUACUUAUAAAUAUUAUUAUUAUUUACAUAAAUAUUCAGAGGAUGCAUCAAUAAUCCGACUUGCUCGUCAUUUUGCGCGAUCAGUUGGAUUCCAAUGUAUUGCGUACGAAACGACAUAUUCGGUUCCUAAUGAAAGUAACUACUAUGAUGAUUUAGAGCAGAAAUUUAUAAUUUAUGAUACAAAUAUUACCCAAGAACAGGCAGUAAUUAGUAUUGAUAUUAAGGGUGAAGGUUUAGGAGAUAUUCCAUGUAUUAUUAAAUCAAAAAGAAUAAAUCGCAGCAGAAACAAGCAGGAACACAUUGUAAUGAAUAGAGCAGCGACAUUAGAGUAUGAAUUUGACAUUAUUGAAAUAGAACCUGGUGAAUAUUACGGUUUCCAAGUAACCGGAAGUAAUCAACGGUUUUUACUUGGAGAUUUUACAACAUCUCACAAUUGCCAAGUAUUUGAUGGUGAAAUUGAAAGCUUACAGAUAGAUAUGGUACAGAAAGAAAGUAUCCAUCCAAGAAAAUCCUACAAAAUGAAUUCAUCUUGUGCUGAUAUUUUAUUAUUUGCUGCCUACAAAUGGAAUGUAUCUAAACCAUCACUAUUGAAUGAUACUAAAGACACAAUGGAUGGUACUACUACUUCUCGAUGGUUUGUUGAUGUUCAACUUCGAUUUGGAGACUACGAUUCACAUGAUAUUGAACGUUAUACCAGAGCCAAGUUCUUAGAUUAUUCAACAGAUAAUAUGAGUAUCUAUCCAUCACCAUUUGGUAUAAUGAUUGGUAUCGAUUUAGCAUAUAAUUUACAUUCUGCAUAUGGACAUUGGAUUCCUGGUUCCAAGACUUUGAUCCAGUCUGCAAUGGCAAAAAUCAUGAAAGCGAAUCCAGCAUUAUAUGUUUUACGUGAACGUAUAAGAAAAGGUUUACAAUUGUAUUCGUCCGAACCCACUGAACCUUAUUUAUCAUCACAAAAUUAUUCUGAACUUUUUUCAAAUCAAAUUAUUUGGUUUGUUGAUGACACCAAUGUCUAUCGAGUCACAAUUCAUAAAACAUUUGAAGGAAAUUUAACAACAAAACCAAUUAACGGAGCAAUAUUUAUUUUUAAUCCAAGAACUGGACAAUUAUUCUUAAAAAUUAUUCAUACUUCAGUAUGGGCUGGUCAAAAACGUCUUGGACAACUUGCAAAAUGGAAGACAGCAGAAGAAGUGGCUGCUUUAAUCAGAUCAUUGCCAAUUGAAGAACAGCCUAAACAAAUCAUAGUCACUAGAAAAGGAAUGUUGGAUCCUCUAGAGGUGCAUUUACUUGAUUUCCCAAAUAUUGUAAUUAAAGGUAGUGAACUUCAAUUACCAUUCCAAUCAUGCUUGAAAUUGGAGAAGUUUGGUGAUUUAAUUCUUAAGGCAACUGAACCUCAAAUGACACUUUUCAAUUUAUUUGAUGAUUGGCUUAAAUCCAUUUCUUCAUAUACAGCAUUUUCACGUCUUAUUCUUAUUUUACGUGCAUUACAUGUAAACACCGACAAGACUAAAAUGAUUUUAAGACCAGAUAAAAAUACCAUAACUGAACCGCAUCAUAUUUGGCCAACAUUAACAGAUGAAGAAUGGAUAAAGGUUGAAGUCGCAUUGAAAGAUUUGAUACUGGCAGAUUAUGGUAAAAAGAACAAUGUGAAUGUUGCUUCGUUAACUCAAUCAGAAAUACGUGACAUUAUCCUUGGUAUGGAGAUCUCUGCACCAUCUCUUCAAAGACAGCAGAUCGCGGAAAUUGAAAAACAAACCAAAGAACAAUCACAGCUAACAGCUGUCACUACAAAAACUCAAAAUAUUCAUGGAGAUGAAAUGAUUGUCACAACUACAAGUAAUUAUGAACAGCAAACAUUUUCAUCGAAAACUGAAUGGCGUGUAAGAGCAAUAUCGUCAACAAAUUUACAUUUACGUACAAAUCAUAUUUAUGUCAAUGCUGAAGAUAUAAGAGAUACUGGUUAUACUUAUGUAUUACCAAAGAAUGUUUUGAAGAGGUUUAUACAAAUAGCAGAUCUUCGUACACAAAUAGCAGCUUAUAUGUAUGGAAUAUCGCCUCGUGAUAAUGCACAAGUUAAAGAAAUUAGAGCUCUAGUCAUAGUACCACAAUAUGGUACACAUCAAACGGUCAAUUUGCCUAAUAUGGUGCCAGAUAAUGAGUAUCUAAAAGAUUAUGAACCAUUAGGUCUUAUUGUCACUCAACCAUUUGAAACUGCACAAUUAUCACCAACAAUACUCUCUUUACAUGCUAAGUUUGUGGCAGAAAAUAAAAAUUGGGAUGGUGAUAAAACAAUAACAAUGACAGUUAGUUUUACACCAGGAUCAUGUUCUUUGACUGCUUAUAAAUUAACACCAGCUGGGUUCGAAUGGGCACGUAAUAAUAAAGACACUUCACCUAAUCCACCAGGUUACUUGCCUACAUUUGCAGAAAAGGUUCAAAUGUUAUUAUCAGAUCGGUUCAUGGGAUUCUUCAUGGUUCCAGAGAAUGAUAUCUGGAAUUAUUCAUUUAUGGAAGAAGAUAUUGAUGCAGAUCGUGAUGAUGUUUUUGCAUAA